UACUAUUUUGUAUACAUACGGAAUGAUACAGAAGACGAAAAUCUUUUAGAAAGUGUAAUCAAUGUGAGUUCAAUGCUUUAAAAUUAUUUAGUUUAAAAGUAAACCAGAAUAUUAGGUUCUACUGUUUAAAAUAACAACAAUAAUUUUAGUAAGUUUAUUUGUAAAUCAUAAGUCAUAACCAAUAAUCUGUAUCAGUUUGAAUAUAUCUACCUAUGUGAUUUUAAUAAUUUAUUUAAAUAUGUUGAUAUAUAUGUAAAGCUAUAAAUAUUAGAAAAUAAUAUGAUGAAGACUAAUCAUUGCACAUAAAAUGGGUACUUGCUGUAGUCGUCAUUCACCAGAUCCAACCCAUCAUCUGGUUUUACAUCAUGGUUUCAAAAUACAAGAUUCUAUAGAUGUCUUGAAUAAAGGAUCCAGUGAAGUGCGUUAUGUGGCUGAAUUGAAUCGUCAACAUGGAACAGCAAGCAUUAAACGCCACGGUGUCGACAUUAUACGUACUCCAACAUCAACACUUCAUUCGUCUUUACAUGGACGAAUUGUGGUUGCUGUUUAUAAUUACCAGUCCAGGGAGAUGUCUGAUGUCUCCUUCGUUAAAGGAGAUCGUAUGGAACUAUUAGAUGAUAGUGAACCAGAUUGGUGGCGUGUUAGACAUUUAAGAACAAAUGAGGAAGGAUUGAUACCUUGGAAUUUUGUUGCUGAAGAAAAAUCAGUUGAGAGUGAAGAUUGGUUUUUUGGAAAAAUAUCUCGUAAAGAAGCUGAAAAACUUUUAUUAUCUGAAGAAAAUCAAAGAGGGACAUACUUAGUACGUGAUUCGGAACAUAAUCCAAAUGGCUUCUCGCUUAGUGUUAAAGACUGGGAAGGAGGUCGAGGGUAUCAUGUGAAACAUUAUAAAAUAAAAUCUCUUGAUAAUGGUGGUUAUUACAUUGCCACUAAUCAGACUUUUUCUAGUCUUCCUGAGCUCAUAUCUGCCUAUUCUAAAAAUUCAUUGGGAUUAUGUCAUGUUUUGGCUCGUUCAUGUUGUAAGCCACAACCACAGAUUUGGGAUCUAGGUCCUAAUUUACGUGAUCAGUGGGAAAUAGAUCGCAGUGAAAUCCAAUUAAUUAGAAAACUUGGCCAUGGUAAUUUUGGGGAAGUUUGGUACGGUAAAUGGCGAAAUAAUAUUGAAGUAGCUGUGAAAACACUCAAACAAGGCUCUAUGUCUACUCAAGCAUUUUUACAAGAAGCUUCUAUAAUGAAAAAGUUUCGACAUGAUAGACUUGUUGCCCUUUAUGCUGUUUGUUCAAAAGAUGAACCUGUACUAAUUAUACAAGAAUAUAUGUGUAAUGGAAGUUUAUUGGAUUUUUUGCGAAAUUGUGAUAGUAAAUAUUUGCAAUUUGGUGAUUUAAUCUAUAUUGCUGCUCAAGUUGCUAGCGGAAUGGCAUAUUUGGAAUUAAAACAAUUAAUUCAUCGGGAUUUGGCUGCAAGAAAUGUAUUAAUUGGAGAAAAUAACAUGGCUAAAAUUUGUGACUUUGGUUUAGCGAGAAUUAUAGAAGAUGAUGAAUAUUGUCCUAGGCAAGGUACACGAUUUCCUGUUAAGUGGACUGCACCUGAAGCUAUUGUCUAUGGACGUUUUUCAAUUAAAUCAGAUGUAUGGUCCUUUGGAAUAUUACUUAUGGAAUUAUUUACGUAUGGACAAGUCCCAUACCCAGGUAUGCAUGGUCGUGAAGUAAUUGAACAAGUGGAACAUGGAUAUCGUAUGCCAAAGCCAGUAUCUCAUUUCAUCCCUGAUGAUAUCUACAGACUAAUGUUACUGUGUUGGGACUCUGAUCCAGAUAAACGACCUACAUUUGAGUUCCUGAAUCAUUAUUUUGAAGACUUCACUAUUACCUCAGAAAUACCAUACAGGGAAGUAAGUGAUUAAAUGAUCAAUUCUUGCACCAAUACCAAAUGUGCCAUAUUGGGUUGCUGCAAGUUCUUAAAUUCUCUAUUGUUAAAUUAAGUAAAUGUGAUUCAUGUUUAAAUGACUCACUUAAUUAAACAGUAUUGAUUUUAAAGAAAAACUUAUAACUUAAACUAUACUACUACUUUGGUUUAUUAUUAUUUAUUAACUAACUAACAUUUAUUUUAUUUUUCUUAAUUUUUUAGAUCUCAUUUUGUUUUGUUUUAUUUUAUUUUAUAAAUUGUACUUAUUGAUUGUUGUUAUUACUUUUUCAUUACAUUUUGAACAUUUUAACUUCAUAUUUUGCCAAACUUAACAAAAAAAAAAAAUUAAGUUAGUGAAUUAUUAUAAUUUAAAAUAUUUUUAUUGGACCCUAAGUACCUAAUAUUACCACUUAUGUAAUUUAUUCAUUAAUAAUUAAAAAUUAAAUUAAUGUAUUCAAUAUACAAGUAUUAAAAUUAAUAUACAUGAUGAUUUUUAGUAAAUAAUUAUACUCAGGUUUUUUGUUUAACAAUGAAGUAUAUAAAAAUGAUGUUACAAACUUAUUUGUAACAAAUAAUUUAAUAGUAUUCACUUUAAAAAUUAUUCUUUGUAAAUAUAUUCUUAAUAUUUACUAUACUUAAGUAUAAAUUAAAAAUAGAUUAUUGUACAUUGUGUCAUAAGCAACAUAUAUUUAUAAUUGUAUUUAAGUGAAAAGGAAAAAAUAAAAUAAUCAUAAUUUAUCGAAUAAAAAAAUAUACUUACAUAAAUUUGCAAUUUAAAGUAACAUAUAUUAUAUUGAUAAAUAAUGCAUUUAUUUUUUGAUUUAUUUAUUGCAUUAAUCACAGUUUUAAUUGAAAAAUUAUCUUCUAAAACAUAACUUUUUAUGAUUCAAUGGUGUUCAUGUGCAAUUAUAUAAAAUACUUUUUGAGCAAUAGUUUCUAAAAUGACUUUAAAAAAAAAAUGGAGUUCCUCUGUAAAUUAUAUAUUUUUUAAAUCUAUUAUCUUAUAUUAUCAGUAUUAUUAAAUAAGAUAAGCAUCAAUUAAUAACAGCUUAUCAUCACAAAUUCACAGCAUAAUAUUUUUAAUAAUUUAUUGAGGCUUAAUUAGGUUAGGUUCAACAGUUGAAGUCUCCCUUAUGUACUUUUAGUUCUCCUUUAUUUGUUUAUCUACAAACACACAAUGACAGUAUUUCUAUUUUCUCUAUAUAGUUUGAAUUUAUAUAAGCAACAAUGCAUUUUAAAAUUGAAUAUAUAUCAUUUUAGUUAUGAAUUUGAUUGUAUAAUUAAUAAUGUAAAAUUGAAUAUUGAAUGUACCAAUAAACUUGAGUUAUGAAAUAUAACUAGGGUUUAGGAAUUAUUAGACCAUACUCGGGCUACCGAGAAAACGCUACUCGUUGAGGCAUCCAAAUGACGGAGCUCCGCGUUCUCGUACCCAAAUUUCUCCCACUCUACCACCGUAAAUUCCCCUACUCACUGCCAACGGUGGUGACGACCAAAGUUGGUGGCGGCCAGCGUACAUGCAGAUUUAGUGGUGGGAAUGCGUGAGAUUGGACGAGUUUUAGUUGCCGUCCAGUAGCAGUUUCUCGGUGGCCCGAGUAUACAUAUUUUUAAAUAUAUACAUGCACAAAUGCACAAGAUACAAUUUCAAAUAAUGCAGUUAAUAAUAAUUUAAUUUAAAUAAAUAAAUAUAUACAUAACCCAUAGUCUAUAAUAUUUGACACUUUUAAUUAAAAAUGUUUUUUGUUGUUGAAAAACAAAUCUGUUGAUUGACAAUUAUGAUUAAACAUUUUUCAGUUAAUUUUUUUAUUUAAGUUUAAAAUUUGUGUUAAAUUUAUUACAACAGAUUAUUACACAUCAACACAAAGACCCAGAUACAAUUAUGAGUUUAUAAUAAGACAAAAUUCUUAUUAAUAUAAGUUUUAUGGUCCAUCUCAAUCUGUGAAUUAAUUGUUUAAACUAUAAACUUAUAAAUACAUUAAAUAAGUAUUAUUUAACUCUAAAAAUAAAAUUAAUCAAAUAUAUUAAUUUAAUUAAGAUUUUUUUUAGUAAUUUUAAAAUAAUUAUUUUGUUUUUUUCCUGGCUUUAAAUACUUUAACUUUGUUCAAAUAUGAAUCCGUCCUAAUAUGCAUCUAUACAAAAUUAAUUAACAUGACCUGUAGGUUAUUAUAAGCAUACAUAUAUCAUGAUAUUUGUUCUAUAUUAUGUGACUUACCGCCUACCGGGUUAAAAUUGAGCCUUGUUUGUGACCCACCGGUAUUAUUGGGUUUAAUAUGUGACCUACCAAGACGACCUAUUCAAAGAAUAAUAAUUAUAUCUAUUGCAUACAGCUUGUAUGCUACUGUUGUAAUAUCAGAUAAAUUAAUCCUUGUUUAUUAGAAGUGAUGAACUAUAACAGUGAAUUAUACAAAAAAAAUUGUUCAUCCAUCGAUUUAGGGACUCAUACACAAAUUAUCAAAAGUUUAUAAAAAGUAUUAAAAACCAAAAUUAUAUGAAAAAAAGGAACAUCAGUUAUAAUGUUGCCACAUGCAUUUAAUUGAUGUUUUUUUAAUUGUGACUUAUUACACCAACAACAAUUAUAAAUAUUAUCCAAAAAUAAUAUGCUAUAAAUAUAUUAGGUACACAUUUUUAUUUUGUAUUUGUAUACUAAUUAAAAAAUUAAAUAAACAUGUUUUUUCACUACAUUUUUGUUCUAUGUCUAAAAUUGGUUUUU